CGAAACGGCAGCUUCGCGCUCGUCGCGCGAGCGGAGGCCGCCGCGUGUGUGGGGGCGCGCUGCGACGACUGACGGGCGCAGCGGCGCGGGUGGGACCUGGGCGAGGCGCCACCCGUCGCCCUUCCUCUGAUGCGCUGACCCCGACCGUCGCUGUCGCGCGUCGGCUCUCUCGCCCUCCCGCGGCCGCCUCCGCCCGUGCCCGUGCCCGUCCAACUCCCCGCACCCAACCUUUCCCAAUCCCUCCGGGCUCCGGCACAGCGAAACGUCUCGUUAACCCGCAGCAGCAGCGGCGGUGCCCUCGCUGCCAAGGCGCCCGCCCGUGGCGAGGCUCCACCGCCCAUUGCGCGCUCGGCUCCGAGGCCUCCCGCCCGCCCGCCGCGGCCUCGUCGUCGGCUCCUCCCGUCGCCGCGGGCGUCAUGAAGCGAUCCUGAGGUGCUUGAGUUGCUUCUUGAUACCAUAAGAAGACUGAUCCAUCCGUUUUCAGAUCUACAAAAAAAAACCUAGUGCCUUGCAAGAUAAGAAUGGUAAGGCGGGCGAUAGCUGUCCUAAGAUGAAACUGCGGUUGCAUCUGUUGGUCCUGUGCGUGAUCAUCAUAUUCCUGGUGUACAACAUGGCUAACUUUCAACAUAAGCAUACAUCGUUGGAAGCAAAAUCUCGACCAUUUGAUACUGUGACGGUGUCUGACAGACCUGCUGUUAAGGUGUCCAAAAAACCUGUUGUGAGAAUUGGUUAUUUGCCCCAUGGUAUAGUGGAGUCUAACUCCGACGUGGAGUUGAAGCCAUUGUGGCUGACAACAAGUGUGCAAUCACAGAAGUCUAAACAGAAUGAUCAGUCUUUGAUUGCCAUUGCUGCUGGUAUAAAUCAGAAAAAGAGUGUGGACGCUAUUAUGAAGAAGUUUCUUCCAGAAAAUUUUACAGCUAUAUUGUUCCAUUAUGAUGGGAAUGUCAAUGGGUGGAAUGAUCUGCCAUGGAGCAAAAGUGUGAUACAUAUAGCUGCUUCUAACCAGACAAAAUGGUGGUUUGCAAAGAGGUUCCUCCAUCCUGCUGUCGUCUCCAUGUAUAAGUACAUCUUUCUUUGGGAUGAAGAUCUGGAAGUGGAUAACUUUAACCCAAGAAGAUACUUAAAUAUAGUUAAAUCAGAAGGACUGGAGAUAUCACAACCAGGUCUUGACUCUAAACUUUCCGAAAUUCAUCACCGAAUAACUGUUCGUAAAAAAACAGGAAGUUUUCAUAGGAGAGUUAGUCGGGCUAACAAAGAAUGUUCAAGAGAAGGUCCGCCUUGUUCUGGAUGGGUUGAGGGCAUGGCACCGGUUUUCUCAAAAUCUGCUUGGCAAUGUGUAUGGCAUCUUAUCCAGAAUGAUCUUAUCCAUGGAUGGGGCAUUGAUUACAAGUUUGGGUACUGUGCUCAGGGUGACAGGACAAAGAACAUCGGAGUAGUUGAUAGUGAAUUUAUAGUUCAUCGAGGGGUGCAGACAUUAGGAGGUUCUACAAUAACAAAGGGUGGUACUCGAGGCAAAAACGCCCAGCAACUCCGUCAGAAAGCUGCUCAAGCGCAAAAAACGAGAGGGAGGCCAGCAGGUCUUGACAUGCGAACAAAGUUUUGUUUCAACGUUGCAGAUCCGGAGAAAAUCACGAUCGGAGCUUCGCGAUUUCCAGAAGCGCUGGGACCGGGCCGCAAGAGAAGACAGAACAUGGGUCGAUCCGUUUGCUCGCUCCCGAAGAAAACGCAGGAAUAGAACCCCGCAAUAGGUUGGUAGUCUUCAUAGUUACAUAACAUUCCAAUUGGACCAUCGAUUUAGAGUGUAUAAUUGCAUAAUUAAUUCUGUGGAAAAUCACAAGGACGAUACUGAUGAUCUGACCACACGUGAAAACUUUCAACACGGUGAGUUUCCAGUGGAAA